GCUGCUUCAUCAUCAUUUUUUGGAAUUCGGGCAUUUCUUACCAAAUUCACUUCCAUCCUUGCUUCUUUUCCUGCUACCCGGUUGAAACUGUGUCCUAAAGUCUGUGAACUCAGAAGAGACUGCCUCUGUUAAGAAUCGCAGGACUUGUUUUGUGACUAACCGUAUGAAAAACUUUGAGUUUAGCCCGGAAAGGGGAAAAGGGGUUAAGAUGCCAGCGAGGAAACUUCGAGAGGUUCUUUCUCCAAACCAAGGAGGGGAUAGAUUGGCUGUGGUGGAAGAUGAGCUGCCCCUUGUGCCUCCAGCCUUGUCUGCAAAUAAAAGCCUUGCAGUUGGAAUGAGGACGAGCUCAAAUGGAACGUCAUAUGAUUCAUUGAAUUUAACUUCUGCUAGAAAAUAUCACCAGCCUCUGUCAGAAAAUUUCCCUGUGUCCAGUAAAAGUGAGCUUUCUAAAGUCCCGAGGAUACCUUUGGAUAAAACAGAAGAGAACAACACACAAAAUGCAAAUGACAUCUUUAUUUCUCAGUAUGCCAUGGGACAGAAAGAUGCUCUGAGAACUGUUUUAAAGCAAAAAGCUCAAAGCAUGCCUGUUUUUAAGGAGGUGAAAGUACAUCUUCUAGAAGACACAGCUGUGGAAAAGAAUGCUGUUGCUCAGGAGACUGAACCUUUACCCAACAGAACUGAUUCAGCUACAACUGUGGCUGCAGCAACUGCUGCUGCCAUUGCGACAGCAGCACCUUUGAUAAAGGUGCAGAGUGAUUUGGAAGCAAAAGUUAAUUCUGUUGCAGAAUUACUGAGUAAGUUACAGGAGACUGAUAAACAGUUACAGCGUGCGGCAGAGCAACAAACAAGCAUUCAGAAUAAGCAAGAGAAUUUACAUUGUUACGAUCAUGAGAAGCAGAUGAAUGUGUUUAUGGAGCAACACAUCAAGCACCUUGAAAAAUUACAGCAACAACAAAUAGAUAUUCAGACCCAUUUUAUUGGUGCUGCACUCAAGGCUGUUAGUCUUCAGCAUGUUGGCAUGUCCCCUUCUAGAGCAAUGGAAACAUAUUCUGGAAAGCCAGGACAUCCUAAUCUUGGUAGCAAUGUUUCUUUACAAAACAUGCUUGUGUCUAAACAAGUGCCUUUAAGUGAAAUUGAAGAUCCAUAUUUUGAUGGACAGAAAUCUCCUUUGGAGACACCAGCACCUCGAAGGUUUGCUCCUGUUCCUGUUUCAAGGGAUGGGAAAAUAUCGAAGAGGGAAGACCCUGUAGAAGAAAAAGAAAAUAUGGAAAUGUCUAGUCCUCAAGGAAAUGUGAGACUGUUGGAGCAGAUAUUGAAUAGUAAUGAUUCUUUGACAAGAAAAAGUGAAUCAUCAGACAUAACCUCAAUAACUAGGUCAAAAAUGGAAUGGAAUUCUAAGAAAACUGACAGCAGUGAAACUUUACAUUCACAAAGAAUUCCUUCCUCUGAAGAGAUAGGAACAGCUAAAGUACCUAUGCAGAAGAAUAAUGAUGUUGUUCAUGAUCUUGGCCAGAAGAAGAAACAAACAAAUGACACGCUCCAGGUAAAGCAUUCUCCAGUUACCUUGAGGAUUUCAGAUCAUCCACAGAAUCCUGUUAAGCUCCAGACACCCAAUACAAGGUCUGUCCUGAAAGAUGCUGCGAAGAUUUUAAGAGGAGUACAAAACAAUAAAAAAGUACUAGAAGAAAACCUGGAAGCUAUUGUCCGUGCAAAGGAUGGAGCUGCUAUGUAUUCAUUUAUCAAUGCCUUAUCCACCAACAGAGAGAUGUUGGAGAAGAUUAGAAUCAGAAAUAAAGAUGAACUUAUGAGAAAAGAUUAUGAACAAAAGAGAACUGAUCCAAAGAAUCAAAGGAACAUGAAAUCCCUAACUAUGAGUAGAAAUACUAAAGUCAACACACAAGACAAAAUGGUGAACAGAUCUGUAAUUCCAAGAAGAUACUGUCAAAAGCAAGUACAGGAACAGUUUAGAAGUCCACCUGUAAAGAGCAUGUCUGCCUCAGGUCUACAGAAAGAGAGAAAAGAAGGACUCUUGAAAUCAACUACAGCUUUACAAGACGAGGAUUAUAUGUUACAAAUAUAUGGGAAGCCAGUUUACCAGGGCCAUCGCAGCACUCUUAAAAAAGGACCAUAUCUCAGAUUCAGUUCUCCGUCUCCUAAGGCCAGACCACAAAGACCAAAAGUAAUAGAGCGAAUGAAAGGCACUAAAGUAAAGUCAGCAAGAACACAAACCGACUUUUAUGCAGCAAAUCCUAUGAAAACAAGUUCUAAAAUACAACAACCCAUCACCACACUGCCUUAUGGUGAUCAACAAUAUUUGUUCAGCCCAAGUAGAGAAAUGCCUACUGUUUCAGGUACCCUGGAAGGUCAUCUAAUUCCUAUGGCAAUUCUUUUAGGACAAACCCAAAGCAAUAGUGAGUCCAUGCCACCUGCUGGAGUAAUGGUAAACAGGCCACAUCCUGUAACUGUGACUACUUCUGUUCCUCCAACAUCUCAAAAAGUAGCAUCUGGAGUCAAGAAACCUAAUAUAGCAGUAAUAGAAAUGAAAUCAGAGAAGAAGGAGCCUCCCCAGCUCUCGGUCCAGAUCCUACCUAGUGUGGAUAUUGACAGCAUUUCACACAGCAGUAUUGACGAAAUGUCCCCUCCACCAAGCCCCAAGGAAGCCUCUCUUCCUCCAUUGCACGCCUGGAUCCAGGCUCCAGAAUUUAUGAAGAUGGAAGAAGAAGAUGUGAAGCUUUCAGGAACUAACUUUGAAGAAGUAAUCGAUAUUGUUCAGGAGGAGGAAAAACGUGAUGAAAUUCCUGAAUGUUCUGCACCAAUGUUGGAAUUUAAUAGAAGUGUUAAAGUCGCUCCUACAAAAUAUAAUGGUCCUUCAUUUCCUCCAGUGGUUUCUGCUUUUCAUCCCACUACUGAUAUCUUGGAUAAAGUAAUUGAGAGAAAAGAAACAUUGGAAAAUAAUUUGAUUCAGUGGGUAGAACAAGAAGUUAUGUCAAGAAUUAUCUCUGGGCUCUAUCCACUCCAGCAACAGGCCAGACUUGAUGCCAGUGUUUCAGUUAGUGAGGCAAGCGAACCAUCAGCUUCUGACAUGGUUGUAGGAACAAGCAGCGGCGCACUCCAGCUUAUGGCUGAUGCCGGCGUUCCCGUGAACUCAGACAUGAUCAACCAUUUUGUGACUGAAGCUCUGGCUGAGACCAUUGCUGUCAUGUUAGGGGACAGAGAGGCAAAGAAGCAAGAGCCUGCUGCCCCAGGUGUUCCUGGGGAUCUUUCAGCAAGUGAAACGAACUUAUUGGCAAGAGUUUAUACCCCAGUAGCUACACCGCAGCCUACUCCUCCUUCUUCACCAUCACCCGCUAAGGAGCACAUGUUGGUGAAAACUCCAGAUUCCUCUCCCUGCGAUUCGGAUCAGGAUAUGGCUUCUCCUAUUAAAGAAAUACGUACUGAAAAAGGAAGUGAUAUGGCUGCCAUCACGCUUGUUAGUACCCCAACAGUUACCCCUGUUACUACACCUCCUCCAGCAGCAGCUCUUACCCCAACUUUGUCAGAAAUUUCCAUGGACAAGUUGAAGUUAUCAAGCCCUGAACUCCCCAAGCCAUGGGGCAGUGGAGACCUGCCGCUGGAUGAAGAAAAUCCUAACUCUGUUCAAGAGCUUCUUCACCCACGAGCUAUUGUAAUGUCUGUGGCUAAGGACGAAGAACCUGAGAGUGUCUACUUCUCUGCUCAGCCUGCACCUCCAGAGCCUGCUCCCCUAACAGCACUUCCCGAGGGCCCCAAGGUCCCUUCUCGGCAGAUAGCCAGUUCCAGUUCAUCCACACUGGAGAACACGAGCGUCACUGUCACGGAAACAGAAACGUUAGAUAGGCAUAUCUCUGAAGGGGAGGUCUUACUUAGCUGUGGUCAAAACUUGGCCACCAAGAUUUUUGGAACUGGGGACAUGUGUCUGAUGACUCUGAAUGACAGCUUAUCCAGCACACUACAGGAUGCCCUUGAAAUGGAAGAUGACCCUCCCAGUGAGGGGCAGGUGAUUAGGAGGUCCCAUAAAAAGCUUCAUGCAAGUACAAUUCUUUCUCUUCUUACUCAGCAAGAACAGGAAUUACUAGUUUCACAGCAAGCAGAGGACUUGGAUAACAGUGUGGGUGAGCUUAGUGAAGGACAAAGGUUAGUGCUGACAGCAGCAGAGGACAUCUUGGGACCCGCUACUGCUGCAGAGCCUUCUGACCGGCAUGCAGAUCCUGGGCUGGCGUUGCAGCAGACUGACAUGGCCUUAGGUAAUAUUUAUGAAGAUUCUUGUGCCAGUUAUGGUCCAAUGAGUUUAAGGGAGUUGGAGUUGCAGCCUGAUUCUAAACUUAUUCUUCCCACAACACGUACAACAAAAGGCAGUGACCUUAAUUUACCAGAAGCAGCUGAAGAUUUUUCUCAGUACCAACAAAAACAAGAUAAAGACAGUAAACAAGUUGAAUACAAGCCAGUACAGAGACAUCUAACCUGUAUAAGAAAUAAAUCUGACAAUUCACUUUCACAGCAUCAAGGUGACAAGGCAAACCCACCCUUCACUGCGCGUGUGUCGCCCGCCACACGGGUGUCUGUGACUCUGCCCUCUGUGGACCUUGAGGACUGCUCUCAGUCCCAGAGCACCAGCACCAUGCAUGGCAGCACGGAGUCCUCCGGGACAGACACAUUCUGAACGGGGGAGCCAGCACAGUGCAUCUGAAGACCUGUCACUCUCGCUGCAGACCGCCUCAAUUACUGUUGACCUGUGAGCGUAUUUUCAGGGGAAAACAUCUCUAAUAUUUCAUUAAGAUGAAAGUGCUUGACUGUUUAGAAAGGCUUUUGAAUAAAAUAAGUGUAACUCA